AUGUCGACCGCCGUCAAGAAACCCUCCCCGCCCGGCCACGCCCAGCGCCCGUCGGCCACGUCCUCGCCAUCAGGAACCAAUCGCACGCCCUCGAGGUCGUCCACCUCCAUUCCCACCGUCGCCAGCAGCACGAGACGACCGACCUCCACCCGCACAAACUCCACUGGCAGUCCGCUGUCUGCCCGCGCCUCUGUCAGGAGGCCCACUCACUCCUCGUCCAUGAGCAGGGACAUGUCCGCGUCCGCACCCGUCGAUAACAGCGCCGAGGAGGAUGCGAAGGCCGAGACUGCCGCUCUGAUCAAGGAGCUCAAAGAGCAGCUGCAGAAGGCCGAGACCAGCGGCGAGGACUUCAAGAAACAAGUUGAAGUGCUCAAGACACGGCUCGACGAUGCGCUCAAGGACCAGGCCAAGCUCGAGGAGCGCACCCACGAAGAAGAGGAACGCGUGGAAAUUCUCGAGAAUGAGAAGCGCGAGACCGUUCGGCAGCGCCGCGAGCUCGAGGCCAUCUACGAGGCGGAGCGCGCCGCGGCCAUGAAGGAGAAGGAGCAGGCCCAAGCCCGCGAGGACGAGCUGCAGGAGGUCAUUCGGAGACUCAAGGACACAAUGGCCGAGCGCGAGCGCGAAGGCGUGAGCGCUGUUGAGGAGCGCCGGAAUUCUAAGAUCUCUUUUCCCAACUCGCGGUCGAACUCGUCGCAGAACCUCGAGAAUGGCCAUUUCGCUCCGCCAUCCUCGCUGCAGCGCAGCAAUUCGCAGAAUAGCUCCAAGCUACUCCUUCAGAAGGACAAGCUCAUCGAAUCGCUACGUCUGGAGCUUGCCGAGGCACAGAUCAAGGCUAUUGAGAUGGAGAAUGCCGGUGGCGGACGCAUGCAAGAGCUUGAGAAGGUCCUCUUGGAGACCAGGAUGGCCAAUGCCCGUUUGAUGGAGGACAACGAAAGCUUCCAGCUUUUGCUUAGCGAGAAGACGCUGAACGGCGACUUUAUGCGCAGCCUUGGUGCAGGCGCUUCCCGUCCGCCCUCGCAGGGUGAGAGACCCAGUACCAGUCUCGCGGACGAACUUGGUGCCGCUGCCGACGAAGAAUCCAACGAGCGCCGCCUGGAAUCUGAGAUCAACUCGCUCAAGGACCAGAACAAAGCUCUCACCUUGUACAUCAACAAGAUUAUCGAGCGUCUUCUGCAGCACCAGGGUUUCGAAGCCGUUCUGAGCCACGAUCAAGAGCCGCCACCGAAGCCUCCUGUUGCUAAGGAGAACGCUCCCGCCCCGCCGCCCAAGGACAAGUCUCAAGGACAGUCUUUCCUGCAGCGGGCCAAGUCUGUUGCUCUCAGCUCUGGUCCUUCUAACCAACCGCAAGAGAAGCGGCCCCGGCCUAUGAGCGUGAUGCCCCCUCCUCCGCCUAAGCCGGAAGAGAACAGCAUCACCUCCGAUCCCUCGACUGCUCCGAGCAUUCCCCUCCGUCACAGUUCUGGCCAGCACCGUCGCGCCAACUCUGAGUGGAGCAAUGGUGCGGCUACCGUGGUCAACAACAUGUAUCGGAACUCGGCCAGAUCCCCCGGGAUUGUCUCUCCGCGCAACUCGGUCUUCCACUUCCCGCCCAGCGAAGGACCCGCAUCGAACCGUAGCUCCCGCGUCGUGUCUGGCAGCAGCAUGCCACGCCAGAGCGUUGACGGCAAUGGCGACGCUUCCGCCCAGGACACCAUCAGCAACACUGACAGUGGUGUUGCCGUCGACACGCCUUCUCCUCCCCGGAGCAUUGCCAGCAGCUUCGACCGUCCCAGCGGCAACGUCAUGACCGGUAACAAGCCACGUCCUCUCAGACUUGUGCAGGAAUCCGAGGAGGCGGAGAAGGAACGCAAGGCCGCAAACCGGCAGAGCUGGAUCGGCGCCUGGUUCUCCAAGAGCCCUAACCCGAACGGCGAGAACUAA